AUGAGGAGACUGCUGCUUCUGGGGGCCCUUUGUCUGUGGGCGCCGGUCGGCGGCGACGCUCAGCCGGACGGACAGGGCGCCAAACCGUGGUCGGAGGAGGAUGGAGUGUUACGUCUGAAGAAAAGCAACUUCAACAGGGCGCUGAGGACGCACAAGCAGCUGCUGGUGCACUUCUACGCUCCUCUGUCGGCGGAAGCGGCCCGGGUGGCGGCGGCGUUCCGCGGGGCCGCCGCGGAGCUGCGGGGGUCGGAGGUCACGCUGGCGGAGGUCGACACGUCCAGCGAGAAGGAGCUGGUCAAGCAGCUCAACGCCACGGGCCCACCAGCGAUUAGACUGUACCUGUCUGGAGACAGACACAAGCCGGUCCCCUGCCCCGUUCCUCAGAGCGCGGCCUCCAUCCUGACCUGGCUGCGGCGGAGGGCGGGGUCUGCGGCCGACCUCGUCACCGAGCUCAGCCAAUCGGACGCCUCGGAGGAGUUCACGGUGGUCGGCGUCUUCGCGGAACUGGAGCACGAGUUGGUCCAGGUUUUCUACGCCGCAGCCGUCGACCUUCCCGACGUCGCCUUCGCUGUGACACAGAGCAACGAGGUCAUGAGCAGAUACGGCCUCACACAUGACGCCGUGGUGCUGCUGCUCAAAAAGAGUAAGCUUAUCCAGGCUUAUAAAAUGAUGCCUCAGACGUCCAAAGAGGAGCUGAUGCUGUUUAUCGCCGUCUACCAGAUGGACCCCGUCACCGAGUACUCUGGGAAGACGGCCUCGCGGAUCCUGUCGUCGCCGGUGUUGAACCACGCUCUCCUCUUCGUGGACAAAACCUCCGCGGGCUACGAGGACGCGUACGCGGCCUUCAGCGCGGCCGCGCAGGGCUUCCGGCUGCAGAUUUUGUUCGUGCUGGUGGACGUGCACGAGUCGCGUAACGGCAGGCUGAUGGAGUACUUCAGGGUGCGGGACUUCGAGGCGCCGCUCGUCCGCCUGGUGAACCUGACGGACCACGUGACCUACCAGCUUCCCUCGGAGCGGCUGGACGCUGACGUCAUCGGACGGUUCUGCCAGGCCUACCUGGACGGCAAAGCCAAGCCCAAGAUGCAGAGCGAGCCGGUACCGGACGGGUGGGAUAAGACGCCGGUGAAGGAGCUGGUGGGAGUGACGCUGGAGAAAGUGGCCUUCAACCCAGACAAGACCGUGUUCGUCCUGUUCUACCUGCCCUACAGCCCGGAGUCGCGCGCUCUCUUCCCGCUGUGGGAGGAACUCGCCGAGGAGCUGGAGGAGCGCGAGGACGUGGUGGUCGCGCGCUUCGACGCGUCGGCCAACGACGUCAACCUGUCGAUGCAGGGCUCGUACCCGUCGCUGUGCCUGUUCCCAGCGCUCUAUGCGGAACGGAUGGUGGUUUACAAAGGAAAAAGGAAGCUGAAGGACCUGGUUAAGUUUAUGGUUAAAGAGAUGGAAAAGGCCAAAAUAGACAGAGUGAAGGAGGAUGAAGACAGGAGGAAAUACAUUGAGGCAAUGAAAGCUGAAGACGCAAAGAAAGCCAAUAAAACCAAAGACGAACUUUAAUACAAGAACAAUGACACUGUGUGUGUGUGUGUGUGUGUGUGUGUGUGUGUGUGUGUGUGUGUGUGUGUGUGUGUAACAAACACCUGCAGUUAGAACACUGGAUAUCACAGAGCAUCCACAGCUUUUAAUUAAUAAUACGUUAAGAGUAAAAUCUCAAAACACUGAAACAACAAGAGAUUUACAAAUAUUACUUGAAUAUUUAUGUAUAAUCCUGGUUUUUAAACGCGUGCGACAGGUAUCCUGGAGUCGAGAGGCUCCUCCCAGCAGGUACCUGUGUAAAGGUGACGUUACCUGUUCCGAGGUAUUUCGUGUUGCUUGUUCAGCCUGUAGGAUGGGUUUCACUUCUCUAGGCUCAAAUCAUGGAGCCUCCUGAAUGCAGAGCUGGAGCCGUAACGACGAAACGUCCCAGAAAAGCUUUGCUUUUGGAGAUGCUCUGACCCAGUCAUUCAGCCAAUCACAACCUGGUCCUCAUCAAACUGUACAAAUAGCCCAAUGCUGGCUAGUUAUACACCAUCCCACCACCAGGGGGCGCUGUCACCGAAAUAACAAUUUUAUUUUGUAAUUGAUACGGUACCAAAUAAAAUUCUUAGAUUCUUCCAGAUAUAACAUUUUACCUUAAUUGAAAUCACUGUUGUGAAUCAUUGUUGUGUAAGUGGAGUUUCUAGUUUCUGAUUAUUUUGGGUGUUUUUAAAGCUGCAGUGUUGUUCCACUAAACAAACGUCUGUAUUAGUCUGUUAGAUUUUUGUACAAGCAAAUCCUUUUUAAACAACGCAGGCAUCGCAUAGUUUCAUUGACAGCGCGAUCAUCCAAUAAAUGAU